GUUCUCACCAAAGACUAUAUUUCUCUCUGACUCCUUGGUCAAUUCCAGAGCUGGUGUUUAAAAGGACCCUUCCGCUUUUUCCUCGCUUUGUCAUCUCAUAUGACAGGUCAUGUGACAGUGAAAUACUAGAAGCUGUUGCCGCUGCUUGUUUCCUUACUCAGCUCUGAUUCUUCACAUUCGAGUCUCUCCCCGAGGAGCAGGUUAUCCAGAAUGCUGUUUUCAGUCAUAAUAAUAUGUCUACUGGCUUUUGCUUCUAGUAAACCAUGUGAUACUGAGGUAUCCAACAGUGACCUGCUCCUGUCACUCAAUAAGGAUCUGCUUCGCUCUCUGGAGGGGCAGGAAGGACUCCCCAAUCCCAGUGUGCACUUGGGAUUACGACUUUCUAAUUACCACAACCUUGCCAAGGAGAGUGAACACCUAAAUAGACUGAGGACUAACUUGCACAAUGACAUAGAAAAUUCUCUCUCUAACAGCCAGUCUGUGGUUGGCCUCUUGGCGCUGUACACUCUGGCUUUAAAGUCCUCCUGCUACGACCUAAACACAGUCACAUUUACCGUCAACAAGAGGAGUUCGACGCUGCUGACAUCGCUGAAGAAGCAGAUGGAACAAGAAAAAGAUUAUGUUGCCUUAAACCACCGGCCUUUGUCCAACUAUUACCAGUACUCUCUCGGUGUGCUUGCUCUUUGCGCAAGCAGCGUCAGGGUCAACAACCAUGUCACCAACAAACUCAUCAAGGCAGUGAAACAAGACUAUUUCAAGAGUGGACACUCUGAGUGUAUUGAUACCUAUGCCAUGGCUGGGAUGGCACUCCAGUGUGUGAAGGACAGUGGUUCUCAUGUUCAGAAUGUGGUUCAACUGCAUGAAGCUCUUGACAAGAUCAAGCAGAAGCUUUUGGCCUCUAGCGGGGCCGAUGGCCAUAUUGGCAAUAAGUUCAGCACAGGUCUUGCGGUUCAAGCCUUAUUGGCAAUGGGCACCCAGAUUGAAGAGUGUGCUGCCUCAAUGGAGGCCAUGAGGACCGACGCCAGAAGCAACACAUACCACAACCCCAUGGCUUUAUCUCAGAUCCUUCCAGCUCUCCAGCAGAAAUCCUACCUGACAGUUAUAAGCAAAGAGUGUCACAAUGAGGAUGACACUCUGGUGCUGACAAUAGAUCCUGUGGUGGUUUUACCAAGUGAGACCAAAGUGAAAGUGAUGGUGGAAGUGGUGAUGACAAGCGGGGCGACUGCUCUUUACUCUGUUGAUGUGCCAAAGGGCAGCUCUCUGUUGGAGGCCCUUGAACUUCUCAUGGAGAUAAACAUUGGCUUCACGUUUGAGGUGGAGUCCAGCCUGUGGGGAAGCUUCUUAAGUGUGGUGAAUGGAGAGCAGGCUAGACAAAGCGACCGCAGAUACUGGCAUCUCUCCUCUGAUGGCACUGCACUCAGUGAGGGUAUCCAAGAUUUCAAGAUUGAGGCGGCUCAAAAGAUCACCGUCAAGAACAUAAGCUACUGAGAGUCAGUCGCUGACAGUAAUUGAUGACAAUCAAAAGCAGUUCCGCCUUUUUGUGUCCUUUGUUGUUUCAACUGAUGAUUAUGCUUAGUCAAGUGAAUCUGUGAAUAAAGUGUCAUAGUGGUUUCACAGAA